AUGUCGGUUCUUGUAAGAAACUCUGAACCGAACCUGAGUUCCAAUUCACGGGAAGAAGAAAAAAGACUUUCUGUGGACCCAAAAAGAUUGGCCGACGUUUCCAUUGAGAUUCCAAAAGACCAGAAUGAGAAAAAAGAAGAAGAGGAAGAGGAAGAGUUUUGGGCACCUCUCCAAAUCAAACGAUUGGACCCGGAGGUUAUGAAAUAUUUUUAUAGAGAAGAUGUCUCAGAAAAGUAG